AACCACGUCCUUAACACCGUGUUGGUCGGUCUUUCUCUUUCCCUAAGCGUAUCGCACGAAGACAAAAUGGGCCGUUAUUCUAAGGAGCCGUCUAAUAUCACCAAAUCGUGCAAAGCUCGCGGUUCCAACUUGAGGGUACAUUUUAAAAAUACCCAUGAAACAGCUAGAGCUAUUAAAAAUUUGACUCUAAGAAGAGCUCAAAAGUAUCUUAAAGCUGUAAUGGAACACAAAGAGUGCGUCCCAUUCAGACGAUUCAAUGGUGGAGUUGGACGUUGCGCUCAAGCUAAGCAAUUCGGAACUACCCAAGGUAGAUGGCCCAAAAAAUCGGCUGAAUUUUUGCUCCAGCUUUUGCGUAACGCCGAGUCCAAUGCUGAUUACAAGGGUUUGGAUGUCGACAGACUGGUCAUUGACCACAUUCAGGUGAACCAUGCCCCGUGCUUACGUAGAAGGACUUACCGUGCUCACGGUCGUAUUAACCCUUACAUGAGCUCACCUUGUCACAUUGAAGUCAUUUUGACUGAAAAAGAAGACGUGGUUACCAAAGCCACCGAAGAAGAGCCAUCGAAAAAGAAAUUGAGCAAAAAGAAGCUUGCCAGACAAAAGGAAAAGAUGUUAAGAGAGUAA